UGCGCGUCGGUCCGUCGGUCGGUCGGUCGGCCGGUCGGUCUGUCCGUCCGUCCGUCCGCAGGCGUCGCGGGCCCCGAGCGACCCCAGGAUGCUGCCCUGGCUUUCCGGCCUCCCUGCGUCUCUGCUGCUCUGGACGCUGCUGCUGUUGCUUUUGGGGGCCGUGUCCCCCCAGGAAUCGGAGGAACUCGACAGCUACACGGAAUGCACAGACGGCUACGAGUGGGACGCGGACAGCCAGCACUGCCGAGAUGUCAACGAGUGCCUCACCAUCCCCGAGGCCUGCAAGGGCGAGAUGAAGUGCAUCAAUCAUUAUGGCGGUUACCUGUGUCUACCGCGUUCUGCUGCGGUCAUCAAUGACCUGCACGAGGGGCCACCUCCGCCCGUCCCACCCGCACGACACUCCACGCCCUGCCCUCCUGGUUAUGAACCUGACGAGCAGGAGAGUUGCGUGGACGUGGACGAGUGUGCCCACGCUCUGCAUGACUGCCGCCCCAGCCAGGAGUGCCACAACCUGCCAGGCUCCUACCAGUGCACCUGCCCCGACGGCUACCGCAAGAUUGGACCCGAGUGUGUGGACAUAGAUGAGUGUCGCUACCGCUACUGCCAGCACCGCUGUGUCAACCUGCCUGGCUCCUUUCGCUGCCAGUGCGAGCCUGGCUUCCAGCUGGGGCCCAACAAUCGCUCCUGCGUGGAUGUGAACGAGUGUGACAUGGGGGCGCCUUGUGAGCAGCGUUGCUUCAACUCCUACGGGACCUUCCUGUGUCGCUGCCACCAGGGCUAUGAGCUUCACCGAGACGGCUUCUCCUGCAGUGACAUCGACGAGUGCAGCUACUCCAGCUACCUCUGCCAGUACCGCUGCGUCAACGAGCCAGGCCGCUUCUCCUGCCACUGCCCAGAGGGCUACCAGCUGCUGGCCACGCGCCUCUGCCAAGACAUCGACGAGUGUGAGUCGGGCGUGCACGAGUGCUCAGAGGCCCAAACCUGCGUCAACUUCUACGGGGGCUACCGCUGCGUGGACACCAAUCGCUGCGUGGAGCCCUAUGUCCAGGUGUCAGACAACCGCUGCCUCUGCCCGGCCUCCAACCCCCUGUGCCGGGAGCAGCCCUCGUCCAUCGUGCACCGCUACAUGAGCAUCACCUCGGAGCGGAGCGUGCCGGCCGACGUGUUCCAGAUCCAGGCCACCUCCGUCUACCCCGGCGCCUACAACGCCUUCCAGAUCCGCGCCGGGAACUCGCAGGAGGACUUCUACAUUCGGCAAAUCAAUAACGUCAGUGCCAUGCUGGUCCUCGCCCGGCCUGUGACAGGCCCCCGGGAGUAUGUGCUGGACCUCGAGAUGGUCACCAUGAACUCCCUAAUGAGCUACCGGGCCAGCUCCGUCCUGAGACUCACCGUCUUCGUGGGGGCCUACACCUUCUGAGGGGUGGGUGGGUGACUUCUGUCGAGGUGAGUGGGGAUGAGAGGCAAUAAAAGGAGAAAGACACA